AUGAAAAAAUUAAUAAGUACUUCUUCUUAUAGUAGGUAUAAAUUGAAUAACAAUUCUACAAGAAUUGAUUCAUUUCCAGAUUCAACAAGAGUGCUAUAGAUGAAUAUAAGUCAUUAUGAAGACGCAUUGUCACAAGAGGUAUUUAUUUCGACUACUUACGAACAUAUAAGAGAAGUUAGAGUAUACUGAUUAGUUUAUUAACAGGAUCUCAUUGCUAACUCUAGAUAAAGUAUUAAACCAUUGAGAGAAGCAAUAAGCCAAUUAAGAUAUUAGAUUCAGACCAUCGAAUAUUAAUAAAAGAAAGAUUAAAUUAAUUCAGAAUAUGAUAUCAGCUAAUGCAUACAAUGGUUUUAUUCAAAAAAAUAAAUUAAUUUGAAGUUAUUUAAACUGGAAAGUUUGCCUUGUUAUAAGAUUAAAUUUAGAAACUGCAACACGAUGAUUAAGAAAUAAUUUAAAAUAUUGACACCCUAGAAUUUAGAAUUAUUGAUUUAGCUCCUUUAAUUGGAUAAUACACAUAUUAAGAAUAUUAAUAAUGAAAAUUGUGAUCAUAACAAAAAGCAAUUUUGUUAAUACUAUAUUUUUUGUUAAUAAAUUAAUUUUAUUUUAUUGAAUAAUUUUGUAACUAAAACAAUAUAUGAUAAAAAUAAUGUUUGA